GCCGAGGCGCCGCCGACGGCUUCCGGGUUUGGGCCUGGCUCCGCGACUGAGGCGGCAGCGGCGGCGGCAGCGGAGCGGGGCGCGGGAGGUGGGAGUGGGGCACCGGCAUGGACGUUUCGGGGCAGGAGACCGACUGGCGGAGCGCCGCCUUUCGGCAGAAGCUGGUCAGCCAAAUCGAGGAUGCCAUGAGGAAGGCUGGCGUGGCCCACAGCAAAUCCAGCAAGGACAUGGAGAGCCACGUGUUCCUGAAGGCCAAGACCCGGGACGAAUACCUCUCUCUGGUGGCCAGGCUCAUUAUUCAUUUUCGAGACAUCCAUAACAAGAAGUCUCAAGCGUCUGUCAGUGACCCCAUGAACGCGCUGCAGAGCCUGACGGGCGGGCCCGCCGCGGGAGCCGCUGGCCUCGGCCUGCCUGCUCGGGGUCCGGGCCAGGCCCUGGGCGGGAUGGGCGGCCUGGGAGCCAUGGGCCAGCCGAUGCCGCUGUCGGGGCAGCCGCCUCCCGGCACCUCGGGGAUGGCCCCCCACAACAUGGCCGUCGUGUCCACGGCCACUCCGCAGACCCAGCUGCAGCUCCAGCAGGCGGCGCUGCAGCAGCAGCAGCAGCAGCAGUUCCAGGCGCAGCAGCAGGCGGCGCUGCAGCAGCAGCAGCAGUUCCAGGCGCAGCAGAGCGCCAUGCAGCAGCAGUUCCAGGCGGCGGUGCAGCAGCAGCAGCAGCUCCAGCAGCAGCAGCACCUCAUCAAGCUGCACCAGCAGAACCAGCAGCAGAUGCAGCAGCAGCAGCUACAGCGCAUGGCGCAGCUGCAGCUGCAGCAGCAGGCUCUCCAGGCCCAGCCGCCCAUCCAGCAGCCCCCGCUGCAGCAGCCCCCCCCAGCGCCCUCGCAGGCCCUGCCUCAGCAGCUGCAGCCCCCGCAGCACCACCCGGCCCCGCCGCAGCCCCCGCCGCAGCCACAGCCGCAGCCUCUGGCGUCACAGGCUCCGGCCCUCCCCGGGCAGAUGCUGUACGCCCAGCCGCAGCUGAAGCUCGUCCGGGCUCCGAUGGUGGUGCAGCAGCCGCAGGUGCAGCCCCAGGUCCCGCCGCAGACAGCGGUGCCCACGGCCCCUGCCUCGCAGAUAGUGGGGCCCGGAGUCCAGGUCAGCCAGAGCGGCCUCCCGGUGCUGUCCUCGCCAUCCCCGGGCCAGCAGGUGCAUACCCCGCAGUCGAUGCCGCCUCCCCCGCAGCCGUCCCCGCAGCCCGGCCCUCCCAGCUCGCAGCCCAACUCCAAUGUCAGCUCCGGCCCCGCCCCGUCCCCUAGCAGCUUCCUGCCCAGCCCCUCGCCACAGCCCUCCCAGAGCCCAGUGACGGCGCGCACCCCGCAGAACUUCAGCGUCCCCUCCCCAGGACCGCUGAACACCCCCGUGAACCCCAGCUCCGUCAUGAGCCCCGCGGGCUCCAGCCAGGCUGAGGAGCAGCAGUACCUGGACAAGCUGAAGCAGCUGUCCAAGUACAUCGAGCCGCUGCGCCGCAUGAUCAACAAGAUCGACAAGAACGAAGACAGGAAAAAGGACCUGAGUAAGAUGAAGAGCCUGCUGGACAUCCUGACGGACCCCUCCAAGCGGUGCCCUCUGAAGACGCUGCAGAAAUGUGAGAUCGCCCUGGAGAAGCUCAAGAACGACAUGGCGGUGCCCACGCCCCCGCCGCCCGCAGUGCCCCCCACCAAGCAGCAGUACCUCUGCCAGCCGCUCCUGGACGCCGUCCUGGCCAACAUCCGGUCGCCCGUCUUCAACCACUCCCUCUACCGCACCUUCGUGCCGGCCAUGGCAGCCAUCCACGGCCCGCCCAUCCAGGCCCCGGUGGUGUCCACCCGGAAGCGGAAGUUUGAAGAGGAUGAGCGGCAGAGCAUCCCCAACGUGCUCCAGGGGGAGGUGGCCCGGCUGGACCCCAAGUUCCUGGUGAACUUAGACCCUUCGCACUGCAGCAACAACGGCACCGUCCACCUGAUAUGCAAGCUGGAUGACAAGGACCUCCCCAGCGUGCCGCCGCUGGAGCUGAGCGUGCCCGCCGACUACCCCGCCCAGAGCCCGCUGUGGAUCAACCGGCAGUGGCAGUACGACGCCAACCCCUUCCUGCAGUCGGUGCACCAGUGCAUGACCUCACGGCUGCUGCAGCUCCCUGACAAGCACUCGGUCACGGCCCUGCUCAACACCUGGGCCCAGAGCGUCCACCAGGCCUGCCUCUCUGCCGCUUAGCCGCACCGCCGCUGCCUGUCCAGCUUCCCGCCCUCCAGGGGCCACGGGGCAGCUGGCAGCCUCCUCAGGCCCCGUGUCGGACGUUUCUCAAUGCUGGCUUCCUUAGAGAGCCCGGACCUAGGUUAGCUCUUCUGCUUUUCCUGCACCUCGGGACCAGCCACACACUUCCAUGAGUGGAGAGGCCCCAGCCACGCCCUGGCCCUGCGCUCGCGGGCUGCUGUCCUCUGCAGGGCCCGUGUCUACUUGGCACCGUGGGGUCCUGCGUGAGCCUUGGUGUGUGUGUGUGCCGGAAAGCCUUCUGCCGUUUCCCGGGGGGCGUGCAGGACGUAGGAGACCCUGAAGAUGCACGCAGUGUUCCCUGACCAUGGUUCGGGUUCAGGACGCGCCAUGGGGUGCUCCGGGGUUGGGCGCUGGCUGCAGGGCCCCAACACCGCUGGGGCCUCACACCUCACCGCCCCGCCUCCCACCAGGCCUGGAGCCCGCUCAGCGCUGUGGGCCCUGGGAGCGGGGCGUCUGGGUGGCUCUCGCUCGUGGAGCUGUGUCUGUGUGUUAGGCACUGGGCCCGCUCGGGUUGGGAUGCUGUCCUUGGACCCGGCGUUCUGAGAGACUAUGGGCUCCUGCUGGGGCGUUGGCCAGCUGGCUCUCUGUUGAAGAGAGGUCCCCUCUUUUUGUAUGUGCAUUACCGUGUCUUCUGUGGUUCUUAUAAUAAAUUUAUUAUUCCUGUGUU